AUGGGCCUCGUUUGGUCAAUCUUUGUCGAGACACCAUUACAGCUAUUUCUUGAAUUUGGACGACCGACCAGACAAAUCGCCGAAGUUGAACAAAGUCUUCUCGCUCAAGCGGCCAUUAUUGCCGCUCAGGAACGUUUCGUAAUGGAUAUGGGAAGGAUGGAUAUCGAUAGUGAUAGUGAAAGUGAUGUCGAACAUUUGGCCUCAUCAAUUGAUUCGGACAAUGAAAAGAGAAGAGCCAAUGAAGAUACAGAAUCGGAUGAUUCUGAUUUCUCGAGUGAUUACGAGAUACGACCGUCAACAACCCAACCGAGACCCUUACAAAAACUCGUCUCUGGAUGCACGGCUGGGAGUUGUCCGGAGGCAUUGGGUCGACUACGACUUGAUUGUAUGACAUCAACGGGAGAAUUGAGGAAAUCGUCAAACUUGAUUAGAGCUAAACGAUUGAGGGAAUUUGGUCAAAAACCUAUCACAACUGCCGCUGAAAAGGGAAAAAUAUUAAGCAGUUUUUUGCCAAACCGUCGCAAAAUCGUGGCCAAGGUCGAGACAAAAACCUUUUGCUCACGAUAUUUUAAUGGGGAUGAUGUGAUGACGGCUAGUCAAGAUGGCUCGAUUCGUUUCUACUCGCGCAAACGGAGUUAUGAGAAUCGAUAUCAACUCAAGACACAAAUCAUGGUUCCCGCAGUCUCAUGGGCGGUGCUUGAUGUAGCGGUAAGCCCCGAUUCAACUCUUCUUGCUUAUGGGACAUGGAGAGAUGAAGUAUUUGUGACACCGUUGAGAUCCUAUUUAUCUGAUGGGUGUUUUGAUCAAGAAGGUCCGUCACCACAAUGGCAGCGGAUCAGUAUCGGAGCAGAAGAUUUAGAUAGAGGUGGAUCAGCGAUGGCACUUUUCCAAUUGAAAUUCUCGCGAGAUGGCACAGAAAUUUUGUGUGGAGCGUCGAGUUUUCAUGUUUACGCUAUAGAUGUCGAAACAAAGAAAACAACGUUAGAUCUAUUGGCUCACGAAGACGACAUCAAUGCGGUUUGCUUUGGCGCUCGAAAUCACUUGGUGUUCAGCGCGGGUGAUGAUGGGCUUUGUAAAGUUUGGGAUCGUCGAGCGAUGAACGAGUCAACACAAGCAGCCGGGGUUUUUGCCGGACAUCGUGAUGGAAUUACAUCAAUUGAUGCGAGAAGCGAUGAUAGAUACGUUAUCACAAACUCGAAAGAUCAAACAAUAAAACUAUGGGAUUUGCGGUGUUUCGCAAAGCAAAGCGGAAUUCGGCAGACGCGAACGAGUGUUCAGAGUCAGAGAUGGGAUUAUCGAUGGAAUCAAAAUCCAUCUUUUAAAGUUCAAGAACUUCUUCCAGGUGAUUGCUCGGUGAUGUCAUUUUAUGGACAUGUUGUGAGACAUACUUUGAUUCGAGCUCGUUUCUCUCCACAAAAUACCGGCUCGAGAUUCAUUUAUACUGGAUGUGCAACAGGAAAAGUUCUAGUUUACGAUAUUGUAACGGGAGAGGUUGCGACAGAGUUGCCCGGCCAUGUAGCGGUGGUGAGAGAAUGUGAUUGGAAUGAAGAAACAAAUGAAAUCACAUCAUCGUCGUGGGACGGUCAAGUAUUCUCGUGGAAAUACGAUCCUCGUUCAUCACCUAACUACAAUUCAAUGGGAAUCGAUGAAGAAAGUUGUGAUGAAUUCUAUGAGCCGCUCAUACAUAAAAAACAAAACAAAAGGAAACGAUGUAGCAAAGCCCCAACGGCACAAAAAUACUCCCCGAUUGAUCCCUAUGAUACAGACACUGGG